UUCAUGUGUAAUAAUCUUGUAUUCGUCAUUUGUUAGUCUGACCCCUGUCCUGACAGGAGGGAGUAUCUUGAGUUAUUUGUAGUAUUUGUUUAAGUAUGGACAGCGAGGGGAGAAAAGUGGUGGUCUGUGACAAUGGGACAGGGUUUGUCAAGUGCGGCUUUGCUGGCUCCAACUUCCCCGACCACAUCUUCCCCGCCCUGGUGGGUCGACCAAUCAUACGAUCAAACACAAAAGUGGGCAACAUUGAGAUAAAGGACCUGAUGGUGGGUGAUGAGGCCAGUGAAUGUCGCUCCAUGCUGGAGGUGUCGUACCCAAUGGAGAACGGCAUGGUGCGCAACUGGGACGACAUGCUCCACCUGUGGGACCACACCUUCGGUCCCAGCCGCCUGAACAUCAACCCAUCAGAGUGCAAGAUCCUGCUGACUGAGCCGCCCAUGAACCCAACCAAGAACCGGGAGAAGAUCACAGAGGUCAUGUUUGAGAAGUACCAGUUCCACGGCAUUUAUAUGGCAAUUCAGGCUGUGCUCACUCUGUACGCUCAGGGUUUACUGACCGGUGUGGUCGUCGACUCGGGGGAUGGUGUCACCCACAUCUGUUCGGUGUAUGAGGGCUUUUCUUUACCCCACCUCACGCGCAGGCUGGACAUUGCAGGACGUGACAUCACACGCUACCUUAUUAAGCUCAUGCUUCUCCGGGGUUACGUCUUCAACCAAACGGCCGACUUUGAGACAGUACGUAUGUUGAAGGAGAAGUUCUGCUAUGUGGGAUACGACAUCGAGCAGGAGCAGCGCCUGGCCACAGAGACCACCGUCCUGGUCGAGUCGUUCACGCUCCCUGACGGCAGGCAGGUGAAGGUGGGUGGAGAGCGGUUCGGGGCCCCUGAAGCUCUCUUCCAGCCUCAUCUCGUCAACGUGGAGGGAGCCGGAGUGGCUGAGCUGCUGUUUAACACCAUCCAGGCUGCAGACAUUGACCUCAGGUCAGACUUCUAUAAGCACAUUGUUCUGUCAGGAGGGUCCACCAUGUACCCCGGCCUCCCGUCCAGACUAGAAAGAGAGAUCAAGCAGCUCUACCUGGAGAGGGUGCUGAACGGAGACACGAAAAAACUAUCAAAGUUUAAGAUCCGCAUCGAGGACCCUCCCAGGCGUAAACACAUGGUGUUCCUGGGCGGCGCGGUGCUGGCCAACAUCAUGAAAGACAAGGACUCCUUCUGGUUGAGCAGGGCAGAGUACGAGGAAAAAGGCCUGGGCGUGCUGCAAAAACUGGGAGUUGGAGUCAAAUAAAAAUAAAACGGGAAACAUCUCCUCCUAAA